UUCUCCCAGGUUGCCAACCCUGAUCUGGUGCAGACUUGAUUUCAAGCCUGGAGUCAUCCUAUACACCCAACCUUCUACACUAUAGGAGCUGGAGAGCAGAGGUAAUUAACGUCACAAAGCGCGAGGAAGCAGUGACAUCAAGGCAUUAUUUCUUUUCAACAAUAGGUGGCAGCAUUAACUCACUGAGCUUUUUCUGCAAGGCAAGGAUGACAAAUGGAAUUUCACCAUAGUGUGUGUCAUGUAGCCGUAGGGAAAUGAGAGUGGUCACAGCAGGGACAGACUGAGACCAGAAGGGCCAGAAGAUGAGCUCUGAGCCUUUGACUCGCGCUGAGGUGUUUGGACAGCUCAGGAAGGAGCUUUAUGGAGAGGAGCAGUCCAGUCACUCUAACACACACCUAUUCAUAAUCCUGGGAGCCUCUGGGGAUCUUGCAAAAAAGAAGAUCUAUCCAACUUUAUGGUGGUUAUUCAGAGAUGGCCUGCUCCCAGACGACACCUACUUUGUGGGUUUUGCCCGGUCAAAUCUGACCGUGGAGGACAUCAAGACAGCAUGUCUGCCUCAUAUGAAGGUCACUGAAGAAGAGAGUGAGAGUCUCUCAGCCUUCUUCAAUAGGAACUCCUACCUUAAAGGAAGGUACGAUGAUGGCAGCUCUUUUGCUCAACUCAACACGCAUCUGUCAUCUCUACCGAGGGGAGCUGACGCCAACAGACUCUUCUACCUGGCUCUGCCACCUACCGUCUACCACCAUGUUAGCACAAACAUCAGAGCCCACUGCAUGAGCCUCAAAGGCUGGAACAGGGUAAUUGUUGAGAAGCCCUUUGGCCGUGACCUCCAGAGCUCACAGGAGCUGUCGGCCCGCCUUUCCUCCCUGUUCACAGAGGACCAGAUCUACCGCAUAGACCACUACCUUGGCAAAGAGAUGGUCCAGAACCUGAUGGUGCUCAGGUUUGGAAAUCGCAUCUUUGGACCCAUAUGGAACAGGAACAGCGUGGCCUGUGUGGUCCUCACCUUUAAGGAGCCCUUUGGCACUCAGGGCCGUGGAGGAUACUUCGAUGACUUUGGUAUUAUUCGAGAUGUCAUGCAGAACCAUCUCCUCCAGAUGCUCUGUUUGGUUGCCAUGGAGAAACCUGCUUCCACCAGCCCAGCUGAUGUGAGGGAUGAGAAGGUAAAGGUACUGAAGUGCAUCGCCCCUGUUGCUCUGUCAGAUGUGGUGCUCGGUCAGUACGUGGGGGACCCUGACGGGGAAGGCCACUCCAAGCUAGGUUACCUUGACGACCCCACUGUACCAGAAGGCUCUUGUACACCAACAUUUGCCACCGUGGUGCUCUAUGUUCAGAAUGAAAGAUGGGAUGGAGUUCCUUUCAUUCUCCGCUGUGGUAAAGCUUUGAAUGAGCAGAAGGCAGAAGUGCGUCUGCAGUUCACUGACGUGCCAGGAGACAUCUUUAAUGAAUGCUGUCAGAGGAACGAGCUGGUGGUGCGGGUGCAGCCAGACGAAGCAAUUUAUCUGAAGAUGAUGACCAAGAGGCCUGGGGUUUACUUCAGCCCAGAGGAGACUGAGCUGGACCUCACCUACAGGAGCAGAUACAAGAAUGUGAAGCUCCCAGAUGCUUAUGAGAGGCUGAUACUGGAUGUCUUCUGUGGAAAUCAGAUGCAUUUUGUCCGCAGUGAUGAGUUACGGGAGGCCUGGAAGAUCUUCACCCCACUGCUCCACCAAAUAGAGGCAGAGAAGACACCCCCCAUUCUUUACACAUAUGGAAGUCGUGGUCCAAACGAGGCGGAUGAUCUCGUGAAGAGGGUUGGAUUCCGCUAUGAGGGAACAUACAAGUGGGUGAAACCCCACACAACAUGAUGCCUUCUGUCACACACAUGCCCACACACUCACAAAACUCAUGAACACACCACUGUCGGCGAGUUUACAAACAAUAAAUUUGACUGCAAUCUUUCACUACUGUAUCGUUGUCUGAUUUUGUCUGCAUGUAAAGAAAACACCACUGCUUUUUAUCCCUAAUCAUACAAGAAUGAAUGUGGAGAUAAAAAUGACUGUAGUAGCUUGAUUUGAGUGUUCACCUGUAAAUCUGAAAUUUAGUUAAUACAUUUCUAAAUAAAUCAUCAUUCACUCUUC